UGAGUUCUUCAUGCCAGGGCUGGUGGACACCCACAUCCAUGCCUCCCAGUACAGCUACUGUGGCACAGCACUGGACAUGCCUUUACUGCAGUGGCUCAACACCUACACCUUCCCUGUGGAGUCACGCUUCAAGGACUUAAAGUUCGCCCAGGAGGUCUACACCAAAGUGGUGAGAAGAACCCUGAGAAAUGGAACGACCACCGCCUGCUACUUUGCCACCAUCCACACCGACGCUUCUCUCCUGCUGGCUCGGAUUGCACAUGACUUUGGACAGCGUGCGUUAGUGGGGAAGGUGUGCAUGGACAGGAACAGCUCUGUCAAACAUUACAAAGAAACGUCCCAGGAGUCUGAAGACGAGACACACCGGUUCAUCAAAGAGCUCCUGAACAAAAAGUACCCUCUGGUGAAGCCGGUGGUGACUCCACGGUUUGCUCCGUCCUGCACCGAGGACCUGCUCUCCAAGCUGGGGGCGAUAGCGAAGAAUAACAACCUGCACAUCCAGAGUCACAUCAGUGAAAACACAGAGGAAGUGAAGCUUGUAAUGAAGCAGUUUCCUGACGCCGAGUCGUACACAGACGUCUACCACAAGUGCAAUCUUCUCACUGACAAGACAGUGAUGGCCCACGGCUGCCACCUCAGUGAUAAAGAGCUGGAUCUGUUCAGGGAAACAGGAGCCUCUUUGUCCCACUGUCCCAACUCCAACUUCUCGUUGUGCAGUGGACUGUUAAAUGUUCGAAAUGUCCUGAAUCACAACGUGAAGUGUGGACUGGGUACAGACGUGGCCGGGGGCUACUCAUCCUCUGUGCUCGAUGCUGUUAGAAAAACUCUGGAUGCCUCCAAAGUCCUGACGAUCCAGGACCCGGAACACAACACGCUGUCCUUCGAGGAGGUGUUCAGACUGGCCACACUGGGAGGAAGCCAAGCCUUAUCCAUGGAUGACCAAAUAGGAAACUUCGAAGUGGGAAAAGACUUUGAUGCUUUAAGGGUUAAUGUGGCAGCUAAAGGUGGACCCAUCGAUCUGAUCCAGUCUGAUGCACCAAAGAUCCUUUUGGAGAAGUUCUUAAACCUGGGUGAUGAUCGUAACAUCGUGGAGGUGUUUGUAGCUGGGAGGAAGAUGGUCCCGUUCACAGAUGCGAGAGCGUCUGACAAAUCUGACUGA